GCGAGACUGAGUGAGUUAGUGGAGAAACCGGUAAGACUCAAAACGUCAUGUCACAAACACGCUGUCUUACAUUACGUAUUCAUUCUUCAUGAACAACAACAUUACGAAGAUGUCUGUGUCUGAUCCACCUGUUCACAUACCCGUGCCAAAGCCACGAUCAAGAUAUUUACUCAGAGCAUCUGUUGAACAACUGUUUACUGAGAGAGAUGGCGUUGGUCAGAUGCCUUGUCCAGAUGUUCAGGUUGAUGCACCGAUGAACUCUGAAGUAGAAACGUGUAUCAAAAACGAUGUUGGUGUGGAUGAUUCAUCUAAUCCGUUGCAUCCCACGUCUGAACCCCCUGAUCUUCAAGCUGUUAAAACCAACUGCAGUGAAACAUUGCCUUGGCCAGCAUCACUCGCCAUCAGUCCCAGUUCAGAUCCGGAUCCAGCGAAAACCGCUGACUCCAUGUCUUCUGACGAUUCCACUGUGACGCUCAACUCCUCAAAAUCACAGGAUGACCUCAAUAAGGAUGAUGUCAAUUCUGAUAAUGCAAGUUUCACAGAUCAGUUAAUGGACGCUCAAACUGAACUUGGCACCACUGAAGGGAUCCAUCAAGUUCCUAAAUCACAGAUCCUUCAGAUCAAAACUGACAAAUUCAAGAAACCACGGGCUGCAACCAUUCGUGUGAGCAGGAAGAAGAAGACGCUAUCAGGCCCGCGCCAGAGAACCAGUGGGUGUGCGGUGACACAAUCCAGCUGGCUCGACGUAUGGAAGGGACGCAAGCACAAUGUACUGUGGACGACUCUAGAUGGCCAUCUCAUGUCAUUGUGGAAAAAACGCACAGACAAGUUCACAGAAUAUGUGUUUCAUGUAACAAGCAUCACCAACAUACGGAAGCAGGAUCAGGGACACUUCUCCAUCUAUUUACAGAAGAAGCAGUUUGAAUUCAUGGCUCAUAGUGAGGCUGUGCAGGACAGCUGGUUAGUGUCUCUCCACGCCACUCGAGGGAGGGAACCGGUCACUACACCCAAACAACACGGACCACUGAUCAUGAAAGACCCCAGGAAAAAGGUGUACGCUGCUAUCUGUGGAUACACCCUUUGGAUUUACAGCAGCAAAGAGGACUUCAAUAUAGGUCUUGGCAUGAUGUUUGUCUCAAUGAAUAUAGCGUCUGUGAAGUCAACAGGGCGUCACAGCUUCACUCUCAUCACCCCAUACAGGACCUUUAAUUUCUCCGCAGACUCUGGGAAGGAGGCGACCAUGUGGCUGGAGACUCUGAACGACGUGAUCCGCGGCGCUCUGACCUACAGCGAGGUGGCUCAUCGACUGUGGGCGAGUCCCUGUAAUAAAGUGUGCGCUGACUGUGGCGCUGCCAACCCAGAGUGGGCUUCGGUGAACCUGCUGGUGGUCAUCUGUGAGGCGUGCGCUGGGGCACAUCGAUCCAUGAGCUGUAACCACUCCAAAGUGCGAGGUCUGAAACUAGAUAACAAGGUUUGGACGGAGCCUUUAAUUCAGUUGUUUAUUCUGUACGGAAAUAAAGCUGCCAAUAGUGUGUGGGGUCACAACAUCCCUCCAGCGGAGCAGAUCGGACCUGAUGUUUCACCCGAUCAGAAGGCAGAAUUUAUUCUAGCCAAGUACCGUAAAGGACUUUACCGCAAAGCUCACCCGCUCGCCGCAAGCCAGAAACUGCUGGACCAGAGGUUGCGUGAGGUGGUGUGUGGUCCUGAUGUAGAAGAGACGCUGUCUCUGCUGUGCUCCGGGGCCAGAGUUUCGUUCAGCGCCACGGAUCCUGAGCUUCAGUCCGCCGUCAGCGUGGCAGAGAGUUCUGGACAGGCACUGCAGACAGAACUACUCCGACACAACGAGUUUGUGGAGGCACCUGACUUUGAGCAAAUAAAGCCUUCAGAGGAACAGAUGGAAGAACUCCACGGAAAGCUGGAUGAGGAACGUUUCUUGUUCUCGCAGGAGAAUGAGUCCGCUGCCUGUGAUGUGCUGGACUUGACAGAGGUCAUCUCAGUGUUUGACUGCUCUGCAGGGCAAACCCAUGAGUUUGAGGUGUUAACUUUGACAGACAGACUGACUUGCUCGGCAGACGAACGAAACGCCCUCCUUGGUCACAUGUUGCACAUCAUGAAGAUUUUGCUUGCGGGCGCAGUGGUGGAUGACGAUCUGGUGGGAGUGUUUGCCGUGUCGAGAGCGUGUUUACGGGAGGGUGCCGCUCUACAGUGUGCUGAGGUGUGGUGCACACUCCAGGCCGGAGAGAUGACCAUACACACAAAGCAGCACGGAUCCAGAGACACCGUGAUCCUGGGCGCUCAAACACACUGUCAUCUGCAGCAAUCAGAGAAAUGCAUCCUGCUGGAGUUUGCUGAGAGGACGUUACACAUGCAGUUUGAGCUGGAGCUCAGCUGUGUGAGGUGGUAUGAGCUCGUGAAGAGGGCCAUGAGCUCGACGACAGACGGACCGCAGCCUGUAGUAGGAUCUGUGCCGGCUGCUGUCGACCGCUGCAUAUCUCACAUCACACAGUACGGGUUGAAGGUGGAGGGCUUGUAUCGGCGCUGUGGCAUCGCUCCUCAGAUCAGCAAGCUGGUCGACGCCCUGCGUGUUUCUCCGAGAGGAACUGUUCUGGGAACAGACGAGUUCUCCAUCAUAGAUGUUUCAGGAGCACUGAAGCAGAUCCUACGGCAGGAGAUUGAGCUCAUACCACAAACACAGAAGCCACACUGGCCGAAAGCUGCAGCUCUGUCAGAUGAGAAGCUCAGACUGCAGACGUACCGCCAACUGCUCACACAGCUUCCUCCCGACAACCACGCGACACUGGCGGCUCUGUGUGGACACCUGCACACGGUGCAGACGCACAGUCAGGCGAACCGCAUGACGGCUCAUAAUCUGGCCGUGAUAUUUGUGGUCACGCUGUUCCAGGAGUUUGCCAUGAACACAGGCAUGGUGCAACUUACCCGAGACCUGAUCAUGCUCCACAUGCAGAUCUUCACGAGUCACGUGGAGACGGAUGGAGAAACCAUCACUGCUUUGUGAAGAGCAGAACGAGACACUGAGCCACAGAGUGGAUUCUGCUUUAUUGUAGAGGAGAAUUAGACAAUACAUUUGUAUACGUGAAUAAAUGCACUAAAAAAGCAUUUAUACAGUCACAAUGUGUGUGUGUGUUUCCAGAAGGGCAGAGCUGAACUCUUACAUAUACAAGAAGCUUUGUCCACGUGAAUGCUGGGAAUAAAACGGUAAACAUUCAAGAUGUGAGAUUGAUAAGCAUUUAGUUUCUAGAAGCAUCACAAUCAACACUGCAUCUACUUCUUACACUCUUCCUUAAAACUGACAAAACACAGGAUGAUUAGAAAAACUUAGAAAUACGACAACAUCCUUCCUCUACCACUGUAUUGGGUUGUGUGAAAAUAAACAAAAACACAAACAGACAAUAAUUCAUUUCCUGUUGCACGUGUGCAUCAUCUCCAUCGAGCUGGAGAGAUCUCUUCACUCCUGACGCUUUAAUAUUUGGGCCGCUUUACGUCCACCCUGUACGAUAGAAGAGGAAACGCUCAUGAACACACACACACACACAGCACAUUUAGAUCUGAUCAUAACGGCUACGUCACACUAGUAGAAAUAAAACCCAUUCACGUGAAGCAGCCCAUAUCUGACCCACCCGAACGCCACUUCUGAAACACCCGCUUCUGUUUUUUUAAAUAAAUACUUUUUUUUACUCUCCGAAUUAUUGGAGCCUUGCAGUUUUGUAUGAAUCGUGCAUUAGUUUUAAUGCAGAUAAAAUGAUGCAACAUUAAAAAUGCUAAAAAGAAAUGAUGCGAUAUUAAAAAAAUGCAGCCUGACGUGCCAUUAGAAACAUUAUUUCUGCUAUUGACCCUUAAGAAGCUUUAUCCGCUUCACGAGUCAUAGGCUGAUCUUGACACUCGCAUAAAAAAACUGUGUAAAGCCUGUACAAAUACAAGAAAGGGGAAUUGUGAAACAAAAAUUUACAUGCUUGAUUUAUCUAUUAAAAUGUUUGCCAUUUUGCCA